AUGGYGGACGAAGGUGAAGAAGUUGAAUUAGACCUUGAAUUGGAYGUCUCCUUYAACGAAUUUGACGAUGAAUUUCCACCGAAAGCMAAAGAAGAGGUAGAAAAUGUUUGUAAACAAGAUUUUAUUGAUGCAGAUAAAACAAAAUGUGAAGAAAACUCAAAUAAACCCGGGUCAGCGACGUCAACGCAAGAGCUGUCAAACAAACCAAGCACGCAGAACUURAGAAAURCUCAAUCUGCGGCUUUKARAAGCAGUGAAUUAGACGAUGAAGAAGGAGAAUUGCUAAAAAGUGAUGARGAAUUUGAUUUAGAAACUGUUAAUGAGACGCAGAAUUCAAAUUCUAAAGAGAAAACAAACUCGCAAACUUUGCUACGAGAAAAUAGUUUGAAGAGAACAUUUGAAMGCUCGCUAGAAGGAGACAUUGCAAUGGAAAUAGAUGAAGAGGGAUUGUUAGAUUCUGAUGAUGAAACCUCAUCUCUAAAUGAAAAGAAAUUGAAAACUGAAGAAUGUAAUGCAGAAACAGGAAAUGAAGAUCAAGUUAUGAAAAGCAAAAGCARGGCAGUCAGAAAGAAAAAAGAUAGAAGAUUGAAAUAUUCAAUUCAAAAAUUACAUAAUGAGAAGAAGAUUCAUCCAGUGAUUGGCCGUCUGUAUAGGCCUUUGACAGCCACUGAAGAUGAUACACCAGAAUGCCUUGCACAUCAGCUGGCAGAGAGACUGACGGAGAACAAAGUUGAUCUACUUUUGAGGGUUGUAAAGAUUCUUGGUGCUGCAAAAGCAAUUGAGAUGUUUAARGAAACAAGGCGCAUACAGAUGGAGGGAGGCAUGAUGACAGCUGAUCAGUUCAGAAGGAGAACAAGUGGAGGCAUAUUUUUCUAUAUCAUGAAGAGCAAAGGCUACGCAACAAAAUCACAAAUCAAAGAAAUCUAUGCUGAAGAACGCGAGAGGGAAAAGCAACUUCUAAAAGAACAAAAGCAGAGGGAGAAAGAACUUGAAGAAAAGGAUUUACAAGACUUGAGAGAUAUACUAGCAAGAAAGCGUGAAAUGCUGGCGGAGAUGGAAAAUUCGAAUAAAAUUGAGACAUAACAAGCUAAAUGUUGUGUUAUAUACAUGUCUUCUCAUCUCCUGACAUUGGCUGUUUUACAGAGUACAGUGUAUAAACCCAUCAAGGAUCAAGUCCAUUAAGAUUUUCAAGGGAACUUUCAUGUCAAAAUACCAUAACCAAGAGCCUCUAAAAACAAAACUUAACAAACUUAAGUAAAAAAUCUUUGAAGGUUUAUUCUUAUAUAAUAAUUGUGAAAAUAUCAAUAAUUCAUUAUUUUAUACAACAUAGAUAAGCAAUUUUUUUGUGACUCAUGAAAUAUUUAAAUGAUUAUUAAUUUCUUUGUACAAUAUACAAUUGUUGUAGAUGACGUCAUUCUGAAUAUYGAUGAUGUCAAGUGACGUAAAUAUAGUGAUGUGACGUCAUCAGUUCAAGGAUGUCAUCUGAAAUUUGACGUCAUAGCUAUGUCAUCAUUAUCAUCAACGAGUGUGUCUUUACGUCGUAAUUACGUUUCCGAAAACGCAAUGUCAA